AUGGCCUCUCAGAAGUCUCAUUAUAAGCGUUUUGGCAAGAAACCGAAAAACUUCUACCCUUCGCCUCUUCGAAAAGUCAUUUACCACCUCUACCACCCUUUGGGACCACGUCGUUCCAAAAGAAUCAAGAUGGCCAAGUCUCGAUUCUUCGACCUUCCUCGAGAGCUUCGAGACAACAUAUACGAACUGCUCCUGACAGAGAAUCAAAAUCCGGGAAGCACCACCCCUUCCUUCCAUUUUAUGCCGCUGCUCAGAUUUCAACUCGUUAAUCGGCAAUUCGGAAAGGAGUACACCGAAGCAAUCCUAUCACAUUCAACCAUGGUCGCCUAUCAGCCGAAUAACCCGCGACACAACUACAAACAGUAUAUCAACCAAGUCGGACAUAUUCAGGUAUAUUUCAGGGUGACUUGCGAGGCCAGUCCAACAGGUGGCUCCAAGAAUUGCCAUCCAAACUUGUCAGAGGUCGAAAUCGAUGAUGGCACGGACUCUAAGCACUCAUUCACGUGUGGAGGUAUCACAGAGGCUGCGGAGUGGGUCAACAGGCUGCAGCAAGUCCAGCCGAAUCUUCCUUAUCACCAAAAGUUGGACUUGCGCAUUGGACUUUACUGGUGUAGUGACGAGGAAUUUGCGUGGCCUCGACACAUCCAUGCUCCAGGACUGCAGUAUCAGUUAGAUGCCAUGACCAAAGCGUCGUCCAAUGUGAACAGCGUCGAGGUCGCGUUAUUUGACUGCGAUCCAGACUAUGAGAGUUGGACCAAGAACGACUUGAAGAUGGACCUGUGGGCAAAGUGGACGAAAAGCAGCGGGUGGCAGGCGGGAGAAGCGAAAGGAAGGAGAAAAGUCGACGCCGAGGGUUCUGAAAGAGAUCUAGAGCGGAUACGGCAAGACGAGCGAAUGAGGGUCAUCGGGCCCACGAUGAGGUUGAUGGACCCGUACUGGUAG